GUGUGACUCUCUUGAAAAAUAUAACAAAAAUAUUCAGUGUACAGCUGGCUGGAUAACUAACCUACGUGUUUGCGAGAUGAUUUGUCGUUGCCCCACAGUAUAUUCUGCUCUAAAGUGAAAUUUAACGUCAGUGGUUGAGGUAGGCUGUUCAUGCAGAUACUGUGAAGAAGCAGCGUAGGGAAAACAUGUAAAGACGCCACGUACGGUGACCGGGUUUUGGUUCCCGCCCAUCAUAUUUUUGGCAAUAUGACAGUGGCUUCGCUCCUUUCGCAGAUAUAAUACUGUGCUGUGAAAGAACUGACAGCAAGAUGGGGAAGUUAUUGUCAAAAAUUUUUGGCAAUAAGGAGAUGAGGAUAUUGAUGUUAGGAUUAGAUGCUGCUGGAAAAACAACUAUUCUAUACAAACUUAAAUUGGGUCAGUCAGUCACAACAAUUCCUACUGUAGGAUUUAAUGUGGAAACAGUGACAUACAAAAAUGUUAAGUUCAAUGUUUGGGAUGUUGGAGGACAAGAUAAAAUACGUCCAUUAUGGAGACACUACUACACGGGCACGCAAGGUCUUAUAUUCGUUGUUGAUUGUGCUGAUAGAGACAGAAUUGAUGAAGCAAGACAAGAGCUUCAUAGGAUAAUAAAUGACAGGGAAAUGAGAGAUGCAAUCAUACUAAUAUUUGCAAAUAAGCAGGACCUUCCAGAUGCUAUGAAACCUCAUGAAAUCCAGGAAAAACUGGGACUCACUCGAAUAAGAGAUCGUAAUUGGUACGUCCAACCCUCAUGUGCGACUACAGGGGAUGGCCUGUAUGAAGGACUUACGUGGCUGACCUCAAAUCAUAAGUUAUGAACCUGCCUGUCUCUUUUCUUAGAAGAUUUAUUAUAUUCAGUUUGAGUCCACCACAAUAAAUAAUUGAAUGUGACGGUAUGGUUGACAGAGCUUUAGCUUCAAGCUGUGUAUCAACGUGUGUGCUUGUGGAAGUCCAUAAAAGAAGUCUCAGAUAUGUGAAACAUGCUGCGCAUUGAAACAAAACUGUUAGUUCCUUCAAUGUAGGGACCUAAAUUAUAUAUAUACAAUUUUAUUAUGUGGUGAAAGAUAGUGCUGGUCGUUCCAGUGUCAUGCAUAAUGGUUCAACCUAAACGUCUAAGAAACUGGAAUUCUAACUGUAAAAGAACAAAUAUUAUUAUAUUGUUUGAGUAAACAGAUUGCAGAUAUAGUUGUAUCUACUUGGGUUAGUUGGAUGGAUUCUCUCUUGUGAUAAUGUUGGGAGAAAGUGGUUUUGUUUUCAUACGUGUAACCAAAUUUCCAAGUGGCCUUAGAAAGUUGAAACUCUCAUUUUUCCACUAUCAUUAGUGGGUUAAAAUAAAAGUACUUACCUGAAAGUACUUUUGUUUUAUAAUGACUGUUACUGUAUCUCUAAAUUUUGUGCUAUUUUAUUUAGGAAGGUAAAACCUUUCAAAUUCUAACUUCCAUAAAUUGUCAUGCCUGUAAAUUCAGAAUCUUAAUACAGUAGUUAAGCAGUAUUCCUCCUCUCUAUCCGUUUCUGAAUUUUCCCAGUUGUGGAUCUCUAUUCUCUCUUGUCAUUGAAAUGUAAUGUGUUGUUACAUUGUAACAAAAAAUUUAAUAUUAUUUCAUUUCUUAUGUUACAAAACUGUGAAGCACAAUUAAAAGUUAUGAACUCUUACUAUCUCAUUGACUGUUGCUAUCAAGAGGUUAGCUAUUUAAAAAAAAAAAUGAUAAUUUAAAUGAAGACAUUUUGGAUUACUCCAAGUGAAUUUUUUUUUUCCCAUUGCAGAGAAUUUUUUAGAAAUAUUUAUUAGACUUAUGAUCAUAAAUCAGUGUUUGGGAUUUGUGUGUUAAGUGUGUUUGCUCUCAUGCACCACACGUCUUUGCAUUGUAAUUUUGAGAUAAACAAAUAUGAAUGCACAGACUACCCCUUCCUGUGUUGGUUACAUUGUGCAUUAACUCAAGUAUGUUUCUCACCACUCAGCAAUUGUGUGUGUGUAAAUUUUCAGUUCUUAUCAGCAAUGAAAUUAGUAUUUUAGGGUGCAUCUCCAGUAAAAUGUCUAAAAUAACCUUUUUCAGGUCAUUUCUGAAUGUAUGCUGGAAACUAUAUGUAUUAAAACUUAAUUUAAUGAUGUUUCCUACAUUGUUGAAGGCAGCAAGUGGUCUCAUAUAACAUUAUGUCUUAUGUAAUGUUCUUCUUCUAAAAUUUCUUUAAAAAUGUGCAGUCCGAAAAGUGCCAUCUGACCAAGAUUCUAUUUGUGUAGAAAUAACAUCCUGACAUAGAAAACGUGUAUUAAAAUUCAUUUAUGUUGAAACCAUAUCCAGUGCGGCUCUGUUUAUAUCUCUGUUCUGAGCAAGAGAGAUUUGCUACCAUAAUUUGUUACAAUACUCUGCUAAGAGUUAUCAGUCUGAAGGUCGAAUGAUACCUUACCUUAGAAAUAUAAGAUGUUGCCAUUAAGAGUAAUCAGAUUUUCACAAAGUCUGUAGAACACAAAUUGAUAUAUUUCUGAGAUACUGAGCAUAUGUUUCAGCUUAUAAAGCCGAAAAAUUCACCUACGAGUAACUUGUUAUAUGCAAAGGUUUGCUGUAGAAAAUCAGUCUGUCCUUUUUGGUCCAGGAUGGACAUAUACUACACAUGGAAGAGGGAGGGAGCUGUUGCAUCCACAUAGUGCCAAUGUGGCAUGAAGUACUUGUUAGUAUCAAUUUAUUGGGAGCUCUAGAAAAUUUUUACUUUGAAAGCAUACAAAUUAUUUCUGCAGUUUGUUAUUUUAUGCUCAUUUUGCAUAACUCAGUACCGUGUAAACAAGCAACCAUUCCUGAUCUAUGUAUUUAAUGUGGCUUCCCUGGUACAGCAAGUUAAUUCAUCAGUUAACACAUCAGAUGUAGUAUACACUGUCAUGUUUUCAUUCAGUAAUUGCCACACUAUACCUAGUGAUGCUUAGAUUCUUACCUUUGCUGUACAAAAUACAUGUUAGGUGAGCUCUUCCCCUUUUCAGAGGAUGAGGGUCAUUACCUACUUAUAAGAGAUGAAGUAUAAUUCUUUCUCGGCUAUGGCUCAUCUGUAUAAACUUUUUCACUUACCAUGAUUGUCCCGAAAUGCAAGAGAACCUAGUACAGAGAUUCCUUUCAGUAGGACAUCUUAUGUUUUGCUUAACCUGGAAGCCCAAUACAUAUCUCACAAAGAACAACAAAUGUUUUACUUAUGAUGCAUGUCAACAUGAUCACCCCUGGCACACAAAUCAUACAUUCCUUAUUGCUGUGUAAGUUUUUGAAUCAUGAGACAAGCAAAUAAAGAUAUAAUUAUGUAAUAGAAUGUCGAGUGAAUUUCUUUGGCUAUUUCAAGUUUUUCUCUGUGGAGAAAUGAAAUGGGGCAGAGACACGUUAUGUAAGUUUUCUGUCUGCUUUAAUUUUGUACUAUGGCACUCUGUGAAAUAAGUUCUUUGUAUUCCUUGUUAUACGAGAUAAAGAUACCUUAUGUAUUUGUGAGAGUAAAUGAUUUAUGCUGUUAAGCAUGUACAGUUUAUGAAUUGAUGAUGAGGUAUUUCAUGGACCAUUACACUUGAAACAUUUCCAUAUAUUUUCCCUUUUAUUAAAGUUAGUCACAAUUAUGUAGUGUAUUAUCGAUACUGCCUCAUUUGAUGUUUUUAGUUACAGUUACAUGACUUAAACUACUGUUAUGUCUAUCAAUGCAUGUUCCAAAUCUGAAGGCUUUUUGUUUUCCUUAAUGUGCCUUGAAGACACUGCCAAAAAUAUCUUGGAAGACUGUAGAUCAUUUUGUUCAUUGCAUUGAAAUGAACAUGGAAACUUCUUAUAGCAUGUUAUUGCUGACAUCGAGAAAUCUUUGUGUAUUGAAAAUAUUGCUUACUAGACAUGAUUUGUAGUUAAGAGAGUAUCUUUAUGAAUUUGUAUUUUACAGUAAUACUUUGGAAGUGCUGUUACAUAUGCCCAGUUUAUAGAAAGAGAAAGUUGCAAAAUUACUGGGAGGUUGUUGUAUAACAAGUUAAGAAUGUUGCAGGCAAUGUAAAUGAUAUAUGAGGAAAUUUUCAAACUCACAGGCUGAGGACCAACAUUGCUGUAUCCCAGAUCGGCCAUUUUGCAGAGAACUGUAGUAGGCAUCUUUCGAUGGCCGGAGUAACACUUUCGGAGUAGGCUGCUAUACUUAAAGAUAAGUUAUGGGGUAUGGGCUUCAAGACUAGGUAUCAAUAGCCUACUCGGAACGUUUCAUGUAGCUAUUGUCCAGUGUCCAUGGUAGCUGUAGGAGGUUAGUGCCCUAUUCCAAUAGUGACACUACAUCACAUAUUGGACAUGUGUGAGUUAAUAUCAGCCACACUUAGUGAUUCCCCCUCCCCUCGUAUUGAAUAUCCUGAUUCCCCCUCCCAUCGUAUUGCAUAUCCUGAUUCUCCCUCCCCUCGUAUUGCAUAUCCUUCAAGCGUAGGAAGGAAGUCGUAAUGAUGAAUCUCUGCUUAGUCGUCAGACUUCUUAUAUUUCAUUGUAAAACUGAUUGCAAUUCAUGGGAUGUAUUUUCCAGUGUCAGUCUUUCAUUGUGCUUCACAUAAGCAAAUUCCAUGUUCAGUGACGGAGAAAUAGAAAGUCAAAGAUAAAGAAAAAGGGCAACUUUCUAGUGGUAAACUGAAAUGUUUAUGGAGAGAUUUGCUGGGUUUUGUUCAAAAGGCUACUUGCUAUGGCUUCUUGUGGUUUUCUAAGCUGGGUGUUACACAGUAAUUUUCGUUCUGGUGCUCAUUUAAAAUUUUUUGUUACAUUUCACAAAUGCUAACUAUUAACCAAUAAUUCACUGUUCUUAAUUUCAAAAUGGGUCAUGAAGCAAUAACUUAUAUAGGCAAGGCAGUCUACUUGAAUUUUGGCAGUAUUAGGUUCAAACAAGUAUAAUUUAGUAGAACAACUGUAUUGUUGCUUUUUAUUCAUCUCUUCUUUUGUAUAGCACAUAAGUUUUACGAUGCUGGUAUUUUAAACUACCAUCUCUAGUAUCACAUUACAUUUUCUCAUUGUGUUUCAAUGAGUUGACGUAUGUAUGUAUAUUUGUGUACAUCUUCCUGUUAAUUGAGAUGUGUGUCUGAAUGACAUCACAUUAUAGUCUCGUUCAGGAGACUGUAGCAACAAAGCUGCCUAGCUGUUCCAAGCCAAACUUCUAGCAAUAAAUUCAUGUUUUAACUGACAUAAGGAACAGAAAGAAAACUGAAAAUAAAAGUGAAUGAAAAUGUGCUAUUCCCAUAGUGGACAAGUUAUCUAAGUUUAGUAUUGAGAUUUGUGGGCUGUAAAGCAGAUAUCACAGUGCUGUGUGGGUGAAUCUGCACUGUUAAUGCACAAUAAUUGUAUUAAAUGUGCCCACAGGAGGGUUCAAAAUCCAAUAAAUUUUAAUUUCGUUGCUACUUCAUUUUAGCACGCUGGAGCUACAGAAAAGUUGCACCGUAUGUUUACUCAUCUAUGAGUCUUAUAGUUUGAUGCUACUUUCUCCAGAUUGCUUAACUUAAUUGGCAACAUACUAAUAGCAGAUAAUUACAGCACUGUACAAAAGUGAAUGUUCCAAACUGUAUUUAGUUCGGAUAUAUCAACAGUAUUUAGAAUUGUUGUAAAACACAAUUGUUUAUGUUGUUCCAUUGUCUAGUUAAUCAGAAUUUUAACUGAUUUACUGUUUUUUUUUUUAUUUUUUAAUUGUAGUUGUCCCAUUUCCCUCCUCAUCACUGCUCCAAACCCCUUACCUUACAUACACCUUUUCCUAGUGUCCUUAAAUUUGUAUACCAAUUUACAAAAUGUUUCACAUUUGCUAUCUUUCAAUGAGUAGGGAUUUUUACUGAAUUUUUGUGCUAUUAUACAUUAGUUCGAUAAGCUGAUAUACAGUUGCCUUCAUAAAAUAUGCUGUAUCAUUUCAUAGUAUAUUAUUCAUCUUUUAUGUUAACUCACAAAGAUAAUUCAUUUAUUAUUAUGUCAAUUCAUAUUGCUGUGUAAGUCAAGCAACAAAACAAUGUAAAGCAAAUACAACUAAUUUAUUUGUAUAUUUCAUUCCUAAUAUUAGUGUUGUAUAGAUGCUUAAUUUUGAUAUUUUAUGCAUCAAACCUGCCAUUACAGAUGAGCACAAAUAUAAACAAGUAAAGUUCAUUUUCAUGUUUUAAAAAUUUUAUAUCAAUUAUGUAAGACACACUAAAAUGAAAUUUGGUUGCUCAGUUGUAAAAACUUAAUUUCUUGGUAAAUUGUUAUUUUUAUUGUUGUGUUAAGACACGAAUUGUUCUGUGAUUGUUAAUUUAAAGGAAAAAUAAGAGAUUUAUGUGAAGAGUGAGUAAUCUGUUAAGAUGUAAAAUGUAAGACCACUGUAUGAUUUAUAGCAUCAUAACAGUUUCUAUGUUGUAUUUAUUGUCUUGUUCUUUCUCAUUUUUUCUUACAGUAUAUUGUCAGUCAUCCCUAGUUUUGUAGAAAACACUGUGCAUUGAAGGGAAAGAGCUUCAUAUUUAAAGUGUAUUGUAGUUGGUAGCAGUUAAUUCAUUAAAGGCACAUUCCUCCAACAGCUAAUCUACUGGCUUCAGUGAAGCUACAGUUAGUAGUGUAAGGUAAUUUAUCAUCUUCUGUAAGUCCAUUUUGUUCUCCAGUAUGCAUGUGAACAGUACUUGUUGAGAUCCUGAUUUGAGGUGUAUGAUGGUAAAGUGUAUAAAAGAAGAUAUUAACUGCUGUAUGUGAAUAUUGUACAAAAAGAAAUUACAUAAAAUGUUAACUUUUUUGA